AUGAAGUUGGCCCUUCACCACCCGAUUUACGUAAUUUAUUUUAACUUAACUCUGUCAACAAUCAGGGCUAUUAUAAGAAUUCAGAUGUCGUUGGUCCUGAUGGUGAUUUCAUUACCUCACCCGAAAUAUCCCAAAUUUUCGGCGAGGUAAGCCUUUACGCACGAUUAUUGCAGCUCUUGGGCAUUUGGAUAGUUAAUGAACGAAUGCGGUUUGGAACGCAGACUCCGUUUGACAUCGUGGAAUUCGGCCCUGGACGUGGGACCCUCUUGUCCAAUAUUCUUAGGGUACGCUCAUCUUCGUGUUUUUCGAUGUAAAUGUCUUAGCCUCAUAACCGUUUUCCAUGGCAUACAUCCUCCACGCCCAAUUUGUAUUGCUUUGAAGUAUUUUUUCUACUUCCGUUGGCCACAAUCCUGCGUUGUUUACCCACUUAGCUUUCUCUAUGCGAGUUUUCGUACUAUCGCACCAGUAUUCAGUCCUUCAUACCCCAAAAUCAAAGUCCCCUUGCAUGCCAUUUUAUCCUUUUGCAACGAGACUACGUCACUCUUUUUCUAACGUGAAAGUCAAAUAAGAUUCGGUCUACGCGGUGAAUUGUCGCGGGAGCAUCUCUCAAACAUUCAUUUUUCUAGAUUCUAACGCAUUCGUUCUUCCCUUCAUGUUGUUUCCUAGCCUCGUUGGAUUAUUCAUUUUUUCACUUAGUAAUAUCGUUUGACUACGGCCGGCAGACAUUCUUUGUGUCCAUUUUUUGCAGAAGUAUUAUUUACGGCCUUGCCUUGAAGGGGGUCCGUUCUUCCGGUUUGAAGCCACAGUUCUUUCUUAUUACCUUAACACUACCGUCCUUCACAAACCCCUUCACUUACUGGAAGUGCGCUAUAGCUCUAAAGACACUACGUCCACCCAGUGAGUGGCAUCCGUAUUUGUUAACGGCUAUUAUCAACUUGCUCGUUUAGUCCGGAUGGGUUGACUUUUACCCGAUUUGUGUUACCUUGUAAUAUAUGCUUUCCCAAAAACCUAUUCAUAGUAUCUCACUGACCGGAUACUGAAGUAGGGCGACUCCUAAGAAAUCAGUUGUCACCAUCACUUCUCUUUUUCCCGGGUAGUCUCCGUGACGGUGUUUAAAUAUUUUACAGCGCACUUCUCUCACUUCAAGUUCAAUUAUGAUAAGCAAAAAGUAGUUUUAUACAACAAAUGCUGAAGAAUAGUGGUAUGACUAAUCUGGUACGAUUGCUUCAGUGAUGCCAAAGUAUGUCUCUGCUCAAUGUUGUAGUUUUUUACAUACCAUUAGAACAGUAAAUAAUUUUUAAAGCCUCCUCGUCGUCAUUUUGUGUUACGUAUUCCUGAUGUCUACUCACCACCGAAAACCCUGAAGCCGGACUUGACCGACCAGCUAACUGCUUGGCUUAAGGUAAUGCCAAAAUGAGUUCGCUUUUGAUCGAACUCUAUUAAGCCAUCUGACUAUGUGGGAGGAUGCAUGAACACCUUAGCACAGGUUACAACACCAUCCGGUCACACAUCUAAGCUCAGUUGUUGGGGCCAUUGUACUGUGCUUGUUGUUCUCCAUUUCUUAUUCCUGAUCUUUUCAAUUAAUUCUUCAUUUUCUAAAAACUUUUCCAGCUUAUGGAACAGCGAAUUAGUCCACGGAACUCCCGGGCUAGACUAACUGCUUACCAGGAUUAUUAAUUCGGCGUCAAACUGGCCUUUAGGAUUUGCUUUCUAUAUAAUGGACCCCAUUUCCGUAUCAUUUGACCCGAUUGUCGGAAAAUUUCAGCUCGAAUUUAUGAGUCUUUUAACCUUGAAAGUGUUUACAGCCAACUUAACAUGCUUCUUCCAACACCGAAUGGAAAUAUGGCCUUUGCUCUAGUAAGCCCUGCCGUCCUGGCAGCUGCGAGGGGGAUGACGUUCACCUAUCCACCCACACCACAUGACAGUGCUUCCAGUCUUUUCGUAAGGCUGUAUCCCAAGCAUCCAGCACUUUUACAAAAAUUCCUGUUUCUUACUUAUUUCGAAUAUGAUGUCCAUGGUCAUGAUUAGGCCGACACCUGCCAGACCAUGAAGCGACUGAACGGAUAAUAGGCGGUAAAUUACAAAAGCGCAGAUAGACCGAAAGAGCUGCCGUUUCGAGCCUGUUCGUGCACUCUUCAGCCAACUGUGUCCCCGGCCAAAACCCAUAAUCAGAUGACACAGAUGACCCACAUAGCUGGUGCGCCGAAGGGUCAUGGAGGCCUGAAACCAAAACAAUUCAUAUAUGCAGCCUCAUUGUUUGGACUUUUGCGUUAUUUUUUAGGUUUGCCAGCUGAAACCUAGUCUACAUUACGUUCACUAGCAGCGGCUGUGCCCACUACUCAGCUUCCAUCUUUUCUUUAGGCAAUCAACAAAUUUCCAAAAGUCGCGUCAGGACUUCAAAACUUGCACUUAAUUGAAAGAAGUGAUCGCCUGCGUGCAGUUCAACAGUCUACCCUCAGUGCGCUGCUGGAAGGGCUCAAACCGAAUCCCUCAAUCCAUUGGCAUUCCUCUCUAGAUGAGAUCCCUCAAGGGCGGUGUUCCUACUAUCUAGCACAUGAAUUCUUUGAUGCCCUUCCGAUCCACCGUUUCCAGGUUUGUUACCCCGUCUUCUGCAUCUUUUGGUUAGAAAGUGGAUGGCAAGUGGCACGAAGUAUUUGUGGACGUGAUGGAUUCCGCUUCUGAGUCAUCUGACGAUGGCGUCGCUGACCAACUCAUCUUUCGUGCGUCACGGACUCCAACUCUCACCAUGAGCGCCUAUCUUCAAGUACGAACUCUAAGUGUUAACUCUAUUGUUCUGCUGUGUUCUUGCAUGGAAGUUAUUCUCUCACGUGCCUGGAUGCUGGCUCUUUUUGAUCUGUCAAGUUUGGCCCUUUCUAGCCUGUUGAUUAUUCAUUGUUCAAAAAUUCCUACAGACCAGGACCAGGUGACUGGACUGACCGAUUGUUCGGCCGAGCCUAGCUCAACCGCAGUCCCGAGUAAAUCGUGAUUUGAACCCGAAAUGCCCGUAUUCUGAUCUACGAGCAGGCUAUAUCUGUAAAAGCCACCCCACUGUGACCCUGGUUUAUCUUCGUGUUUGUUGGGAUUGUACCACACAACAGUUCGGCCGUCGAUUUCGAUGUUGUCCACCGUAUGCUCUACAGCAGGAUGGGGACAGUGACUUGCGCGUGCUUGCGAAGCAUCUAUCGCACCUUCUCCCCAUCUCCCAUCUGGAUCUGGCGUCAUGAUCAAGUCAAGGAGACUGGAGGCGGGGGAGCGCGCAGGUAGCUGGCACGACAAAAAUCCGCACCUAGACGUUCCACCACACGCUCUGGUCCACAACGUACACUGACCAGGAUUUUAUGUUACAACACAUAGGGGGGGGAGGGGGCACAGAUCCCAGUUGGCGCUACGUAAGACGGUAAUUCUGUCUGACGCCGCACCUCAACUGUUGGUGCGCGUUUCCGGAAACGUCUGUCGGACUCCGAUCUAGCUCAUUAUAUCGGCCCAGCGCAUCUUCUGCGUGGCCCAAAUAUGUUAUUUUCUGUAUGUCUUCCCUGUGUAUAGCAAAAGCAAAGUCUUCGCCGGAAGGUAAAAACACAUCGCCAGUUUUCUUAGUUGCCUUCGCAAAUUAUUUUUGUUUGUCUUUCAGGCCGGAAAGUUUGUUUUGGCCAUAUGGCCUUUGGAAUAGCUCUGUACUAUGAUCUUCCUUGAAAAUGCUCCUGAGCGUUCAGGUGGACUGAGCUGUUUUUCCGACGUUUUGGCUCCUUGUAGUGCGUUCAUGUCCCCAUUUAUUUGUCUGUUCUCGAGCGAAAGUUCUUUUUUUAACACCUGAAGGUGAGGGCUUAAACGGGCCACUCGAUAAUGUAAUCAACGAGAGCUUUUGUGCACUAACGCAGAGGAAAAAUCCGACAUUGCAGUUUUUCUUAUAUGCUGAGGAAUGUGAAGCGACUUGACAGAAUGAAACAAAAUUAGUUUAAAAUGAUGGUAUGCUUACGAAGCAUCUAUCGCAUGCUCUCUCCCCCUCUCCCAUCUGGAGCUGGCGUCAUGAUCAAGUCAAGGAGACUGAAGGCGGGGGGAGCGCAGGUGGCUGGCACGGCAAAAAUCCGCACCUGGGCGUAUCCCCACACCCUCAGGUCCACAACGUACACUGACCAGGAUUUUAUGCAACAAAAUUGGGGGCGGCUCGGAUCCCAAAUGGCGCCACAUGAGCUUACAACGGGACCUCCCGCAAACCCUUGAUGUUGGCAUUCGUUGUGUGGGCAGCAUUCACAACAACGCCUGUCGGAUCCUCAUCUAGCUCCUACGUUAGUCCAGCACCUCUACCGCGUGGCCCGUUUUAGGAGCAAGAGAUUCUACCACACAACAUCCAAGAAUGCCACUUUGGUGCUAGCGAACUUGCCCUCAUCUUUCCUCAUAGCGAGGGCGAUGUUAUGUAGUCUGUGCAACCCUUCAUAAAGAGGCUGAACGCUGUCUACCAUGCCAGUUGGCCAUGUAGAUUUUUACUAUGACUGUCCAUGUUUGCAGUAUUCUCAUCUUUUGUAGCUUGCUGGCGACUUGGAAAAUCGAAACUGCGUUGAAGUCUGUCCCGAGGCGGGUGCAAUCCUCCAGAAGAUUGCCCAACGCGUCAGUGACGAUGGCGGCGCCGCUCUGAUCGUUGAUUACGGCCAUGCCGGAGAGUUAGGUGAUACGCUUCGGGUAAUUUGUCCAUUCAGGGAUUCUGAUUUUCAGGCUCCUAGUUAAUUUAUCCCGCGACUUGAGUUUAUCUCAAACUAUUCCCUAUUUUGCAACACCUGUCGAUUACGUUGGUCCGUUUGUCGUAUAAUUCUGAGGUUGUUGUGAAGUCGUUUUUGCUUUGUGUACUUUAAUCAGGAAAUAUUGCGUCUAUUUUUCUAUAGGCAUUUAAAAAUCAUGAGCUACAUGACCCUCUCAAGGAUCCAGGCGAGGCUGACAUCACUGCAGACGUGGAUUUUGCAUUCCUUCGGCGCUCCGUCGAGGCAGUCAAUAAACCGGGUCAGUUUUUCAUAUUACCUAUUUGCUUGUUGUCUAUUAUAAGUCGUAGCCUGAGUACGUGUUUGGGUGACUAUGCCGUCGUAAAUCAUCUCGUAAUUGCUGCUUCAGUUUGAACAAAGUUCUAAGUACUCAGUUCACCGACUGUUAGGCGGACUGGUCGUACUAUCAUACACCCAACUUCUCCCAAAAGGCCUCUAACCUUUCCUAUACAUCUCUCUCCCCCUCUAGUCGUUGUACACGGCCCAGUGACUCAGGCUUACUUCCUAGUGCAUAUGGGUUUCAUGGCACGCCUAAAGGUAGGUUUUUGGCAUUUCUCCUGUCAUUGCUUUUUUGAUACUUCCCUGGCUUCUUCCUGCUGCUAAUGGCCAUUCCACUGAUCCUCUCGAGCCCGUGCUUAAUUGCCACAUCUCCGAUCAUUCAGUGUGAAAUUCCUUUCUCUUUCAAAUGCUCACGAUCUGGUCAGCCCUCUUUGUCUCCGUACUUUAUCGAGAUUUUGAACGUUGAUAGGUGCUCAUGGUAGAGCUCUCCGUCCCGCCUGAGCUAUCUUCGAUCUCGCAAUUUCUACCAUUAAAGAUCGCUGCCGCAGUAUUAGUAGUAACGGCGGCAGCAGUAAUUUAAUUACUAGUAGUAGCGUCAACAGCAUCAGCGGCGGCAGCAGCAGCAGCAGUAGUAGCAGCAGCAGUAGCAGUAGUAGUAGUAGUAGUAGCAGCAGCAGUAGUAAUGACAGGCAAACCGAAAGAUUUCCAAACUUAAGGACGUUUUAAUUCGCGGGUUCCGGAAUAUGCUCCUCCAAGAAUCUGUAACGAAGAAGGCGUGGUCCCCCGUAAACUGAUGACAUUAAUUUCCUCUGUAUCCAUACAGUUUGACCGGAUUUAUACAUGCGUGCGGUGUUGCUUAAAAAAUACGCUCUAUUUACAGUGAGUGACCGAUUUCAUGAAAUGUUGGCCGGACUUCUGAAAUACGUUUUCGAUUGGGAAGAAUUUCUUUGGUGGAGUUGUAAUACUUACUAUCUUGUGGCAUAAUCCUGUAAUAUUUCGGACUCUGCAGGAUGUCGGCUCCUGAAUGCACAUCUUUUCGUCGUCGUCGUCCCCCCCUUUCAGAAACCACACUCGGUAAAACUGACUACUUAAGUAGCAUGCAUUUUCCCCAUUGAUUUUCGGUGGUCUUAAAAAAUUCAAAUAAAUUUUAUAGAAAACAUGCACAAAAAUAUGCAUUCUUUUGCUCGUUUGGUAGGAAAUCACAUCGUCUUCACAUUUUAUGCCCUGAGAAAGGUUAUCUGUCGGUUUUCAGAAGUUUCUAAUUAUGAUAUUUUUAAGACCGUACGAUGUCCAUUCCUACAGCAUCGCACAUGUCCGUUUGCCAGCGCUCCUCAUGAAAUGUACAACAUAGUCCGCAUCCAUGGCAAGAUUUUAUGGACUCUAUGUGAUAUCUCCUUAAAGGUAUAGAGGAAUAUAUGAUUUUCCUCACGCGGAAAGCAUACACUUCGUAGACUGAAUUCGCUAAACGGCUGGUUAGGCUCAAAAUUAUUCGGAAAUUGGGAAACUUUUUCAUAACCUAAAUAUGCACUUUCUUCGGGUAUAAAUUGCGAAGGCAGUCUUAUUUCCUACCAAACAAGCAAAAUAAAGCAUAUUUUGUGCAUGUUUUCUAUAACGUAUAUUUGAAUUUAAAUGACCAUCGAAAAUAAAUAUGAGAAAUGCAUGCUACAUAAGUAGUAAAUUUUUGCGGAGUGCGGUUUCUGCAGGAGGGCGAAAAGAAGUGCAUUCAAAAGCCGACAUCCUGGCGAGUCCGAAAUACUAUAGGAUUAUGCCGCAUGAUAAUUAAUAUUACAACCCCAUCUAAGUAAUCCUUCCUAAUCGAAAACGCACUUCAGAAUUUCGGCCAACAUUUCAUGAGAUGGGUCGCGCAAUGUAACCAGUGACUGUUUUUCAAGCGAAAUUCGCAUUCGUGACUGAACAAUUGAUCACACAAAAGCUAGCUUUUUUGGCGAGCCAGGACUGAAUUAAGAUUAAAUUCUCUAUUGUCUAGUUCUACAACCUCAACUUAGUGAUCUUUUCAAUCCUAACGCACUGCGGAAACACGGCGCUUGUUAUAAGCCGGACAGUAGAUACUUUUCAACACAUGGAUGCAGCCACUGUCGACGUCCGCCGUGAGCGCAUAGCCUGCCCUGCGUUCUGUAUAGUACUCCCCUUCUUUUUUUCUGCGAAUUAAGGUCCUCGUGCAGAAGUGUCAGUCAGACGAGGACAAGAAGAAUCUAAUCGCGUCGUCUGAGAUGCUUUUGGGCUCAGACAAGAUGGGCAAGCGUUUCAAGUUCAUGGCCAUCCUACCUCGCGGUGACCCGUCCGAUAAGCCUUACGUGCCGGCUGGUUUCUUCCCCACCUGGCCGAGCACCCCCACUCCUCGGUCUCCUACUUCGGAGACAUGA